AUGUCCGACCCAAGUGCUGAUCAUCUCUCUAUAAUUAUAGACCAAAAGCUAACUCGCUUAUCUCCAAUACCCUGUGAGCGUAACCUUUUCAGAGUGCAUAAUCCUCUCCGCAAGACAACUAUGAAGGUUUAUGAACCCGAUAUAAUUGCUAUUGGUCCUUAUCACCGUGGAAACCCCAACUUGCAGGAGACGGAAGAACAGAAAUUACGGUAUGUGCAACAGAUUCUUAGAAAAGCGGGAGCGUCCAGUGUCCACAGAUGCAUCAUAGCCAUGAGAGAAUUGGAAGAAAAAGCACGCAAAUAUUAUGCAGAAUCAAUCAACCUUAGUGAAGAUGAUUUUGUGGAAAUGAUGCUUCUUGAUGGCUGCUUUCUCCUCGAGUUUCUUCAGAGUUACAGGGAUUUUUACUUACUAGGAGAGGUGGGUGACUCUGUCUUCGAAUUUGAUCACAUUCGGUAUGGCCUACGACAUGAUUUAUUGUUAUUUGAAAAUCAACUUCCAUUCUUUAUCCUAAUUCACUUAGCCGGCAUGAUUGGCCACGAACCAAAAUAUGUCGUUGAUUUAGCCCAGUCUUUAAUAGCCUUAUGCUUUUAUGCCCAGGCUUUAAUAGCCUUAUGUUUUUCUGGUGCAAAUAUACGGCAUAGUGCUUUGGAUUCGAUCCGAAUCGAAGAUAUUAAGCAUCUACUUGCCCAGUCUUUAAUAGCCUUAUGCUUUUAUGGUGCAACUAUACGGCAUAGUGCUUUGGAUUCGAUCCGAAUCGAAGAUAUUAAGCAUCUACUUGGUCUGGCACAUUAUUGUAUGAGUUCUUCGUUUGCUGAAAUGGUGCCCCUUAGAAAUGUUGGUGGUUUCAAUGGUUUCAUAAAUUGUACCANGGUCUGGCACAUUAUUGAAGCCGGAAUUCAGAUAAAGAAGGCCAAGGAAAGGACUACGAGUUUAUUGGAUAUUAGCUUCACCAAAGGGGUGCUGGAAAUCCCACCUUUAUUUUUGGAUGAUUCGACAGAAUCUCUCUUUGCAAAUCUAAUUGCAUACGAGCAGUAUCAUCCAGCAAGCACUCCCAAAUACGUAACUGAUUAUAUCAUUGUUAUGCAUUGUCUCAUCAAUUCCUCAAAGGAUGUUGAGUUGCUUCGUCACUGCGAAAUUAUUAAUGAUGUUUUAGGCAACGAUGACGCAGAUCAUGCCAUGUUGACAAGGCUUGCAAAGAAUGCUGUGUCAUCGUAUGAAUUCUGUUACUCCCAAGUUUUCGAUGAUGUGAACGUGCACUGCCGGCAUCGUCGGAAUGUAUGGAUGGCAAAUCUGAGGAGGAAUUAUUUCAACACUCCAUGGGCAAUCAUAUCAUUUCUUGCUGCUUUUCUAUUGCUUUUUCUCACUUUAACACAGACUGUAUUUUCUAUUCUUCCUCAUGCUAAGUGAAUCCCACAUCUUCAUGUUUGUAUGCUUAAUAAAAGCUAAAUGUCAUGUAUAAAUAAGUUGUACUGAUUCAUCAGUCAAGUGAAUGUUUUAAGAAUUUGUAAUUUUAUAU